AUGGCUCUCGCAGAAGGCGAAGGCCAUGAAUAUCAAGUGGAAGACAACAUUGCCGAACAUGGUCUUAAUUACGAAUUGGGAGAUGGCUCGAAAGCAACUCAAGAUGGCAUCUUGAAACAUGUCGAUGACAAUCAUGAAGGUGAGGCCAUUCAGGGAAGAUUUGCCUUCAUUUCCGAUGAUGGCGAAGAAUAUUCCAUUUCAUAUACCGCCGAUGAGAAUGGCUAUCGUCCAGUUGGUGCUCAUUUGCCCACACCACCACCAAUUCCAGAAUCAGUAUUGAAGACAUUGAAAUAUUUGGAAGAACAUCCCUACAACCCAGAUAAAGAACAAAAGAGAUAUCGUUAA